AUGGCGCCGCCGCCUCCUUCCAGGACGCCCCCGACGCCGCCUCCUUCCAGGACGCCGCUGAUGUCGCCUCCAGCCAGGACGUCGCUUCCUCCUCAGGGCAUGAGCGCCAGCAACAACGCCACCGCCUUGGGCACCCAUCGAUAUAAUGAAGCCACCCUCAAACUAGAAGAUGAACAUGGGUUCUCUCGUCCAUAUAGCACCAGAGAACUUAUGAAAGAGAACCUUGAAGUACAUGCACGUGCUCAAGCUGCAGCUAGGGAGAAGAGCAUUGCUUUAGAAGCGGAGGUUGACAAGCUCAAAGAACAGAUUGCGCAAGAAGCUGCAGAAAGGGAAAGGGAGAAAGAAGAAAAUAGGAGGUGGAUGCAAGAGGAGCUGGAAAAUGCUAAGAUAAACUUAAGAGAAGAAAUGAAGCAAGAAUUUCUUAAUAUGCUAGCGCAGCACAGAGAAGGAGCUAUGAUUAUGAGUACCCUGCAAAACAAUGCCAUUACACAAGUUGCACCAAUCAUAGAAGAGGAAGGUAAGACCGGUGGACAUGAAAAUGAAAAUGAAGAUGGGUUACAGGAGGCUCAGCCUAGAAGCGUUGUCAUCGUACAAAAAGGUGCACAAGCACCUACUCGCUCCACUAUAAGUACUGCACCUCCCAGCAGAGCUCUUUUCAACGAAAACACUGCAAAUGUGACUGCAUCGAAGACAUAUAUCACUUCACAGCAGCUGAUGAAUAGGACAAGAAAUAAUCCCAAAAGGAGGAAGGAAAUGUAG